UAUUAAAAAGUCUAAACAAGUUGUCAAUGAGGAGGAAGGAAAUAUAAAACCUCACCUUCCACGUCGCCAGGGUUGUCUUUGCCAGCUAUCAACAGAAGGACGGGAUGGCUUGCUUUGACAGCUGCCAGUGCCUCGGCGAAAGGGGACAAAGAAGCAUCCUUUACAGCAUUUUGAAAAACGACAACCAACCGAAUCAGCAUUCACAGGGGGGCGAGGUUGGCGGUCCUCAACAGCAGGCUUGUUCGUGUGGAUCUAAAGAGAAAGUGGUUCUCCGUUCUCCCCAGACAACGUGUAAAGCAGCGUCGGCAGGCCUUUUAAAAACGCUGAAGUUUGUUAAAAAUGUACUUUGUUUUCGGGAACUUCCAGCGGAGGACCAGGUACAGCUCGUGCGCAACAGCUGGGCCCAGCUGCUCGUUUUGGGCAUGGCGCAGGUGAUCGACUUCGAGACCAUGGAGACGCCAGAUUUCAGUAUGUUACAGAACAUACUAAACAGCGGACAAGGAAGACAGGAGACCGCGCACGGGCGCAGUGACCAAGGCGUUUCUCUCACUGAUGUCCAAGGAAUAAAAAUGUUUUUGAAUAAAUGUUGGGGACUGGACAUCAGCACCAAAGAAUAUGCAUAUUUAAAGGGAGCCAUUCUCUUCAAUCCAGACAUUGCAGAGCUCCGGUGUCAAAGCUACAUUCCACUGCAGAGCGAAGCGCAUCAAGCCCUUAAUGAAUAUGUGAAAGCCACUCACCGAAGAGACUCUACAAGGUUCACUAAACUAUUCAUCGCGCUCUCCAUGCUACCCAUCAAUGCAAACGUCGUUGCUGGACUUUUCUUCAAACCUGUCAUCGGCACGGUCAAUGAUGAACUUCUCCUCGAGAUGUUUUACGGAAAAUAGACUGAAUAAACUGUUUAAAGACUGAAUAUAGACAGGGCUGUGGACUGGAGGCUGAACAGAAUAACAACAGGCAGGUGUAUACUGUAGGGUUGCUAUCCAAUGUAUUUAUUUUGCUAUAACGACAUCCUAUUUUGUAAAAUAAAAGUGUUUGCUGAA